AUGCUGACCUUUCCGAUGGUCACCUGCAUAACGAGGUGUCAGAUCCGGAAGUGCCGUAAAAUCGUGGCGCCGGACAAGUGUUCUUGCGCCACAGCUUGCUGGCGUGUGGCCCGUGUCGACGCUGGGGUGCCGCGACUCCACUUCGUACCUUGCUUUGUGGCAGAUUCGGCUCGACCUCGCUACACCAAGUUUGGUCUAACAUGCUGCAAGGCUGAUUCACGAAUAGAUCCUCUGUCGAUCCGCUGUGCCGACGAGCGAGGCAGUGCGAGCCUUGUUGCAGCUCUGAUGUCGUAUGGCGCUCGUUCCAUUGCUUCCGUGUAG